CGGUCUGAGUUUCCCGGCAGCCUUUGAAUUCUAAUCUGUGCGCGAGCGACGGCAACGAAACACUGACGGUUUACUAGUUCCCGUUAACGUCGUGUAUCAUUCAACUUCGGUCAGGUUUUUUAUUUAUUUUUUUGGUAGAAUCUUCACCUUGCACAUAUAGGACAAUGUCCACGGCUUUGGAGAGUUACAUCAACCGCACUGUAGCAAUUAUCACGUCUGAUGGCAGGAUGAUCGUGGGAACCCUAAAAGGCUUCGAUCAGACAAUUAAUCUAAUUCUAGAUGAGAGCCAUGAGCGGGUAUUUAGCUCUACCCAAGGAGUUGAACAAGUGGUGUUGGGAUUAUAUAUAGUCAGAGGUGAUAAUGUGGCAGUGAUUGGGGAAAUCGAUGAGGAAACGGAUUCUGCAUUGGAUCUGGGAAAUAUUCGUGCUGAGCCUCUCAAUUCUGUAGUACACUGACAAUCCUCAUUAAUCUGUAAAUAAGGACUCCAGUGGCCAGUUUGUUCAUACUGUUUUUUGUUUUGAUAGCGUUGGUAUUGGUGUGCAGCUUCUGAGGACCUAUAUUUUUCUGGAUUGCAAUUUUAAUAGGAUCUUCAAGUUUUCUGCUUUGAUAAUUAUGAAGAUAUAUGGGAAUGAACUAUGUAAAAGUCAAGUCUUUUUGCAUGUAAUUAAUUUCUGUUACAACCAUAAAUCCAUAGAUGAAUUAUUCCAAUUCCUGAACCCUCUCAAUCCAUUUCAGCGUUAGUGGGGGCCAGUUGUUUCUGGUGAACUGGAUGCAACAUAGGAGCCUGCACUAUACCAGGAACUAGGCCCCUGCAGAGUUUUCUGAUGGAAAA